CCCCUUGCAGCUUGUGACCAACACACACACGCCAGCCUUCCUUCUGCUUCUGUUGGGUGUUCUCGGCUCCACUACGGUACCGGUGAUCGACAGCAGUGAUUCGUGCCAACAGAGCCUCUCAGGUACGCGUGUGUACAUUGUGCAAUACGUCCACCCUGGCUCUCUGUUGAGAAGUCGGAGAUCGAGCCGGUGACACCAAGAGGUUCAACAGACACCAGCAGCAACAGCAGCAGCAGCAUCAAGACAUAGGCAGUUUGCAGGGACACCUCCAGGCGAAAGGCGAGGGAGAGACAACCAUGGCUAUGAGCGAACCUUUCGCCAACCCAGAUGCUUCUCCAGAUGCUUCUCCUCGGUUCCUGUCGCUGGGGGAAGGCAGCGAGGUACUGCAGGUGGCGCUGUGUCCGGGCGAUGCUAUCCUAGCAAACGAGAAGGCUUUCGUCUACAGGGGGCUUGGACUCCAGCAAGAGUUGCAGCCUACGGGUCCAAUGGGAAGGGCAUUAGGAUGGAUUGGCGUGAAGAACGACAGGGUCGUCAAAUUUACCAACGAGGGCAACAGUCCGACCUACCUCGGGUUAACCGCGUCAUUGCCGGGCAAGGUGAUCCCCGUUAGCCUGGCGAAAUCUGGCACUUUGCUGGCCAAGCCGUCAGUAUUCCUGUGCAGCGUAGUGGAGAACGACAUUUCAACGGCCAAGAUAAAGCUCCAGUCGGAAGGCCAGUCCUCUCAGCAAAGCGUCGAGAUGAGAAAAAUAGCUGGAGCGGGAAUGUGUUACAUCCACGGAGGUGGGGCUGCGGUCCAGAAAGCGUUGGGGCGUGGCGAGUCGAUGGUGGUGGAGUUUGGGUGUGUUGCUGCCGUGUCUGACGCUUGCAAGAUCGUCCCAGAGGAAAGGAACGGACCGCUCAUCAGAGAGCCGCCGUACUUCCAGGGAUUCCAGGUCAAGAUCACCGGUCCCGGGAGCGUAUUUAUUCAAUCGACGCACACGGGACGCUUGUCGAGGGCGAGUAGAGCAGACAGGGUUGCCCAGGGGGGAUCAGGAGGGGGCGACAUGAUGAAGGCAGCUGUUCUCACGCUCGUCAUCAUGAUAGUCGUGUUCACGGUGUUGGACUGGGAGGAGUUUUGAAUCGCCACUGCCCGUGUUACCGCAGAAAAAAAAGAAUAGUGGACGACGCUACGAGAGAGCGAAAGAUGGUGUGGUUCAUGAGGUGCUCGUGUGGUAUGGUAUAGCUGAAAAUCUUUAGAGGAGGAUCUGUCGAGAUAUACGUCUGUGAAAGCACCACGGGAGUCAAAAACGUUGUUGUGUAUGUCUAGUGUACUACUUGUCAACUUGACCCCGGUGCCUGCAGUUUUCUGACAUGUCAUGUUUCGUGGAAGGGAGAUGAAUUGCGACUGUGUGAUAUCGG